GAACGAAGGAAGAGAUGGCAGCUGCUGAGGAGCAGAGUUCCAAUGGCCCAGUGAAGAAGUCUAUGCGUGAGAAGGCAGUUGAGCGAAGGACCAUCAAUAAAGAGCACAACAGCAACUUCAAAGCAGGUUAUAUUCCUAUUGAUGAAGAUCGUCUGCAUAAAACUGGCUUGAGAGGCCGGAAAGGGAACUUAGCCAUUUGUGUGAUCGUCCUGCUGUUUAUCUUGGCUGUCAUCAACUUAAUAAUUACUUUAGUUAUAUGGGUUGUGAUCCGAAUUGGUCCAAAUGGCUGUGAUAGUAUGGAGUUCCAUGACAGCGGCUUGCUUCGAUUUAAACAAGUAUCAGACAUGGGAGUAAUACAUCCGUUAUACAAAAGUACCAUUGGAGGACGACGUAAUGAAGAUCUCGUGAUCACUGGUAACAACCAGCCUGUUAUUUUUCAACAGGGCUCAACAAAACUCAGCGUGGAUAAAGACAAGACUUCUAUCACCAGCGACAUUGGCAUGGAGUUUAUUGAUCCUCGCACUCAGAAUACAUUGUUCAGCACAGACUAUGAGAAACAUGAAUUUCAUCUGCCAAAAGGGGUGAAAACUUUGAAUGUACAGAGGGCUUCAACUGAGAGGAUUACUAGCAAUGCUACCAGUGAUCUCAACAUAAAAUCAGAUGGUCGAGUCAUUGUCCGUGGUAAUGAAGGGGUGUUCAUCAUGGGAAAGACUAUUGAGUUUCGCAUGGGUGGGAAUAUGGAGCUCAAAGCUGAGAACAGCAUAGUCCUAAAUGGCACAGUGAUGGUGAGUACUUCCCGACUACCCAGCUCUUCUACAGGGGAGUUGCUGUACGACGAUGGAUGGAUGCGCUACAAGCUCUGCUCAUGUGCUGAUGGAACCCUCUUUAGGGUGAAGGUGGAAAGUCGCAACAUGGGAUGCCAAACAUCAAGCAACCCGUGCUAGGCAGGGAUAUUAAAGGAGUCAGCAAAAGAAAAAAAAAACUUUAAUCGAUAAGGAUGCAAUGUUACAAUCCUUUUAUUUUCUUAUUGUGUGACUGGUUUGUUAUAACACAUUUCAGCAAGAUGUUUAUCAGUAUUAACUAGUCAUCAACAGUAUUUACUAUUUAUCGCUGCAGUAUUAAAGGUAUGCCACAGACAUGCCCAGUCAAACACCCCAUCUGCUUUUAUAUGUUGCACAAGAAACUGUUUUUAUGCUCUCAGCUCUUCAUAAGAACUCAUGCUUCAACUGACAUUUGCUACAAGUCCCCUUAUCACUGCACAGCUCCAAAAGCCUGCUAAUAUACUAAUAUAUUGGUGGCAGUAAAACACUAGCAGCUAAAGGGAUACUGUUAUGGGGAAAAAAAAUGUUUUCAAAAUGAAUCAGUUAAUAUUGUUGCUCCAGCAGAAUUCUGCACUGAAAUCCAUUUCUCAAAAGAGCAAACCGAUUUUUUUAUAUUCAAUUUUAAAAUCUGACAUGGGGCUAGACAUAUUGUCAAUUUCCCAGCUGCCCCAAGUCAUGUGAACUGUGUUUUCUAUGCAGUUCCAGUUAGAAUCUAUAUAUUCAAAUUACUGUAAUACUGUAUAAAUAAAAACAUGAAUGCAGGAAACACAAAUAUUUGCCCUAAAGUAUAACAAAAGUGUUAAUAAACUUUUAACCUGGCACAGGCUGGGUAGCAAAAUGCUGAAUGAAACAUGUUCCAUGUCCUUGAACCCAGGCUGAAGCAUUGGAUUCAGGUGCAGCACAGAGAAAGGCUGAUCCCAGAGUAGUGGCCGAUUCUCGUUCUGUGGAUAAACGCAGCCAAGUCUGGUAUUAGCCUAAAGAUGAAUAGUAUUCCUGAUAUACUGCUUACAUUAUAGACAGUAAUUAUGCUGAUUCUAUCACUCACUUACAACAAUGGCUCAAUGAUGCAUAUGGAUGUAUGUGCAUUUAAUAAAUAUAUUUGUUUCAAGCCAGAAA